UGAAGUCUGUGAGAAAGAGGGUAAAGAGUAGCUGAAGAGAUUGAAUGGCAGUAUAACUUCCUGUUGACAAGAAGUUGCCUUUCAUACCUGCAUGAUCCUGGUUCUGUAAUUGGAUAAAAACUCUCUAAAGACCUUGAGCCUCAAUCAAUAGAAUGGAUCCAACGACUGAACUGCGCUGAGCACAUUUUCCCAGCACAUUCUGGGAUGGAGAGAAACUCUCAUAUUCCAUGGCAGGAAUGCUGCUACCUGGAUCUAAAGUCAAAUGCACAAAAACAAGAGACUAACAAAAGGAUGGAGGAUCCCAGCUGGUUAUGCAAGCACAAGACGUUGCUGCAACGGUUUUUGUCCAACUCCAUCUUAGUAAAUGUGGUUCAUCACAUGAGAAAAUCAGACAAACUCAGUGUGCAGGAAGUGGGGCUUAUCCAGGAAAUGGGUUCUUUGAAGGAUAAAGUGCAUUCAUUGGUCGAGUUCCUGUCUGUCACGGAUCCGCAAGGCACCACCCUUCAGGCAUACCUUCAAAAAUUGCACCCUAAAGAGUAUAACCUUAUAACUGUACAUGACUCUGUGGUUCAGCAGAAUAAAGAUGCUCUCCUUCAGCGACUUAAUGAAGAAAGUGUAAAUUCUUCGUACCAGGGUGUCGGUAACUCAUAUGGCUCUACGCUCCUCCUCAUAGAGAGCGUUUCUGAUCUACAGCAACGAGAGCAUGACCUCGUGCAAGUGUCUGUAAACAGAGGGGCGGGGCCUCUUCAUGGCCGAGCACUGGGAUUGGACAAGCUGAUUGCACCUCUGACCAGGGUCAGCACCGCCCCACGAGUGACACUGACAGUGGGCGUGGCCGGUAGCGGGAAGAGCCGAUUGGUUCACCAUUAUGUCCGCAUCUGGAGUGGCGGGCAGGUCUAUCCUGACCUGAGUCUCGUAAUCCCUAUUGCUUGCUGGGAAUUGAACAAUUAUGACCGCUUAUCGGUUGAACGCUUGCUACGAUUGUUUGUUGCAUAUGAUAACGUGGAUGUAAUUAUUGGUAACGAAGCCUGCAAAGUGUUACUCAUCUUUGACGGAUUGGAAGAAUUCCGUCAGCCUCUUGAUUUCGCCGAUGCCCCGUCCAAUAGCGACCCUCGGCGGGAAAUUCCUGUGUCAGACCUCAUUACGAAUAUCGUUCGUGGUAACCUUUUGCCAGGGGCAAAUAUUUGGCUUUUGUCAAGACCUGGCAUUGGGGCAAAGGUGCCGGCCGGAUUGGUCGAUCGUGUGACGGAAGUCCCACCUCUAUUGCAAACGCAAAUAAAGGAUUACGUUAAUCACUAUAUUACGAACACACUGGAUAUGUACUCUUUACCGCAAGACAACUCAAAGUCAAGAACAUCGAGUCAAAGUGAUUCCAAUGCCUACAUACCAGAGGAUGUCUCCUCCCAGGUGUGGGCAUACCUGAAUUCCCAGAAACCAUUGCUUGUUUUGUGUACUGUACCCGCUGUCUGCCAUAUUAUCAUAACAACGCUGUCUCGCCUUCUGAAGGCGGAAACAGAUGCAACGUCCCUUCCUCGGACACUAACAGAGAUCUAUGCCCACUUUUGUUGGCCACACCUCUCCGGAUCUGAUUCAAGUGGCAGCAUCAGGAAGCCAUUGAGUUCUCUGGGUCGGAUGGCUUUCUAUAGCUUGUUACGUCGACGGCAUACGUUCAGCGAGGCUGAAUUGCGAACUUACGGUUUUGAUGUCCCACCUCAGGUAGGGACUCUUGACUACCGAAUUCUGCGGCGUAAGCGAAGCUGGUCGUCCGAUAACGUGGCAUGGCAGUUCACGCACACUUCCGUGCAGGAAUUCCUGGGAGCGCUGUUUUAUUACGUUUCUUCAAGGCGCGGAAUGUUCGAUCUCUUCUCAGAAAGUGGCGUCUCCUGGCCACGAAUUGGUUUCCAUAGCCACUACCGUGCUGCGCUUCAGAAAACCAACCAGUCAGAUGUUGCAGCCCAGGGCAACCUCGACCUCUUCAUGCGAUUUCUGUCAGGACUGUUGUCGCCAACAACAAGUGCUUUGCUGGGUGGUCCACUGGGCAUAGGACGUGAGGAGCAGGUGACCCAGCGCACCACAGCGACAAGCUUGCUUCAGAAUGCAAUCACCAGUACAGGAGGAGACGCCGUCAGUAUGCGCAGUGUCACCAUGGUUACAUGUCUGGCGGAGUUGCAGCAGGGGGAGUGGCUAAGGUCAGUGGAGGAUGAUCUAAUUAACUGUGGCCUGCGGGGAAAGUUAAAGGACGGAGUUUGUGCUGUGCUUGCAUACUUGUUGCAGGUAUCAGAUACAUGUACCGACGAGACGCAACUGUCCAAUUGCCUAGACUCGACCUCCCUGAAAAGGCUCCUCCCACAGCUCCUGUAUUGCAGUAAGCUAAGAAUGGAAAACAAUGAAUUUAAGGAAGGUUCAAUGGAGUUGUUGGGAAGUUUGCUAAGUGCCAAGGAGUGUCAUAUUCAGACCCUCAGUCUUGCAGAUAACUCAAUAAGCAGUAAAGGAAUCAAACCGCUCAGUCGAGCUUUACUCGUCAACCGGACCCUCACAGCUCUCGAUCUCCGUGGCAACAACAUCAGUGCCAAGGGAGCAAAGACUUUGUGUGAGGCCCUAAAAAUGAACCAGGUCCUUGUCUCAGUCAAUCUGCAGAGUAAUCAUAUUGAGGAUGAAGGUGCCCGUGCAUUGGCCGACGUUCUUCAGUCAAACCGAAAGCUUACCACACUGAAUGUUCAGAAGAAUGGCAUUGGACCAGACGGAGUGAAAAGAAUUGCAGAUGCGCUCACAAAGAAUCAAACUCUACAGGAAAUAAAUGUAUCCAGUAAUCAUUUGGGUGAUUUGGGAACAGUGGCUCUGGCUCAAGCUCUUAUAUUCAACCACUCAGUCCACACACUCAGUCUUCAGAGUAACUCUGUUAGCGACAGAGGAAUUCAAGCUCUCUCUCACGCUCUUCAAUCAAACCGAGGACUCAGCAGUCUGAAUCUAAGGGAGAAUUCAAUAGGAGUUUCAGGUGCCAAAGACAUCGCCAAAGCCUUAAAAGUCAACACCUCUCUCAGAGAACUCGAUCUGACAGCUAAUCUUCUUCAUGAUGAGGGGGUGACAGCCAUAGCUGAAGCCAUGAGGGUCAACAGAGCGAUCACUUCAUUACAUCUCCAGUGGAACUUCCUGAAGGCUGGAGCGGCUAAAGCUUUAUCACAGUCUCUCAUGAGCAACACCUGCAUUCAGCUGCUGGACCUGCAGGAGAACACUCUGGGUGAUAAUGGGGUCAUUUCACUGGCCAGUGCACUGAAGACAAACUCCUCUCUCAAGACCCUCUAUCUUCAGGGUGUAUCUGCCGGUAAAGCAGGGGCCAUGGCGCUGGCUGAUGCUCUGGUGGUCAAUGAAACCCUUCAUACACUAGAUCUUCGUGGCAACUCCAUUGGGAUGGAGGGAGCGAAGGCAUUUUCCAGCGCUCUGAAGAUUAACAGGAGUUUGAGAAGUCUCAAUCUACAGGAGAAUUCUCUGGGGAUGGAUGGAGCGAUCUUCAUUGCCACAGCGUUGAGAGGGAACCAUCAACUCACCUACAUUAAUCUCCAGGGUAACGGCAUUGGUGAGUCAGGGGCAAAGGUCAUCUCCGACGCCAUCAAAGCUGGUGCACCAGAGUGUGUGGUGGACAUCUAGCAUGCACGCACUCUCAACAAAGCAAACAUUGUA